AUGUCGAGCCUGCCUGAUGCUCCCGCAGCGGCAGCGCUCCAGGAAGACUUUGGACGAGGCCAGCAUCAUCUCUCCACGUUGCUCGAAGAGGGCGAUGUCGUCGCCUAUCAGGUCGGCACUUGGUUGGUGGACAACGUCGAGGUUGGUCCGGGGACGCCGCCGCGUUGCCUUUUCUGCCGCGUGGACUACCUCCAGCUCAACUGGUCGCACAACUGUGAGCACGGUGUGAUCGGGGGCACGCGUCUCUUGCUCGACGGCGGCGGGGACCCGUCGUGCGUGAUGGCACUGGACGAGUCGAAAGAGGUGUCCUUUGGGCCGGAGCAGUUGCUCGCACGCCUGCCAGCAGAGUGGAGCGCCGACGCGGGCACAGCCACGCUUCGCUGCCCAAUGCCUGGAAGCUUGCAGCAUCUGCUGUUGUCGCCGCCGCCGCCGCCGCCUUCGCCGCCGUCUUCACCACUCAGCAGGCAGUCUCGGCCCCCGACCAUGGACGCGUGCUACUCCACCGCCGCCGGGCGACCGCCCAGGCACGAGAUGGCUCUCGAGGUAAGGCCGACGACCGAUGGCCGGGGGCUCGGCGCCUUUGCGACACGGCCCGCCGCCGCAGGAGAGUACGUGACCAGCUACCGCGGCGCGCUGCUCACCCGCGACCAGGCGGCGGAGGCCUCCCGCCGCCACGGCAGCUCGUACCUCUUUGCUCUGGGCGACGUGUACCUGGACGCGACGGAGAGCUGCCAUGCGCGCCACCACCGCCCGGCCGAGGCCUCUCGCUUCCUCAACCACGCGGAAUCGGGCAGCCUCGUCGCCGCGCCGGCCGUGGGCGGGCGGGGAGUCGAUUUCUUUGCUGCGCGGGACCUCGCAGAGGGCGCCGGGCUAGGAGGAGACGAGAGAGCAGGAGAGAGCAGGAGAGAAGAUAAGCAGGGUGGGGUUGGGGCCGUACUCAGCGUUGGCGCGUCUGGAGCAGGCACCGAGCUGAGCUUUGACUAUGGCGUCGGCUAUUGGGCGGGCCGAGAGGACGACCCUGCGCCGGGUACGGACUCGCGGCUGGCUGCAAUCCGCGUGCGGCGCGCGGUCGGGGGAGUGGCACCUUUCCUGCAGGCCGCGCGCUGGUGUUUGCCGCUGUAA